AUGUUUAUAAUUAACAUUAUCUCACUUAUCGUACCAAUCCUACUCGCCGUAGCUUUCCUGACACUAGUGGAACGAAAAGUCUUAGGAUACAUACAACUUCGCAAAGGCCCAAAUAUUGUAGGACCCUACGGCCUCCUACAACCAAUUGCAGAUGCCGUAAAACUUUUCACAAAAGAACCCCUACGACCCCUAACAUCAUCCAUUACCAUAUUCGUCAUAGCCCCCAUCCUAGCUCUAACACUAGCCCUAACAAUAUGAAUUCCACUGCCAAUGCCAUACCCCCUCAUUAACAUAAACUUAGGUAUCUUGUUCAUACUAGCAAUAUCAAGCCUAGCUGUCUACUCCAUUUUAUGGUCCGGAUGAGCCUCAAACUCAAAAUACGCCUUAAUCGGAGCCCUGCGAGCCGUAGCCCAAACAAUUUCCUACGAAGUCACACUAGCCAUUAUCCUCCUGUCAGUAUUACUAAUAAAUGGCUCCUUUACCUUAUCCACUCUAAUUACCACACAAGAGCACCUAUGACUAAUCUUCCCUGCAUGGCCUCUAGCCAUAAUAUGAUUUAUUUCGACACUAGCAGAGACCAACCGCGCCCCAUUCGACCUAACUGAAGGAGAGUCAGAAUUAGUCUCAGGGUUUAACGUCGAAUAUGCAGCAGGACCAUUCGCUCUGUUUUUCCUAGCCGAAUACGCCAACAUCAUCAUAAUAAACAUCCUUACGACUAUCCUAUUCUUUGGCGCAUUCCACACCCCCUACCUACCAGAACUUUACUCCAUUAACUUUACCAUAAAAACACUCCUACUAACAAUCUCCUUCCUAUGAAUUCGAGCAUCAUACCCCCGAUUUCGCUAUGACCAAUUAAUACAUUUACUAUGAAAAAAUUUUCUCCCCCUAACACUAGCCCUAUGCAUAUGACACAUAGCCCUCCCCAUCAUAACAGCAAGCGUUCCACCCCAAACAU